CAGAGCUUAACCAGACAUCCUUGUAUCCUUGCAUCCAUUUAUCUUUCCCCUUCAACGACGAUACGGCACAACAUGCCUCUGCCUUUUCUCGAAGUCUUUCCACGAGAGAUUCGCGAUCAGAUCUACACGUAUGUCUUGGCUUCGCCAUCCGGUGCGGUGACACUCUCGCCAUGGACCGUCGAGAUCGCGAGGUCGUUGUCCCUCCUCCGAACCUGCAAGCAGAUUCAUAGAGAGUGCAAAGACAUCAUCUGGUACCAUAAUCGACUCGACAUUCGCCAACCCACUCACCUCCACCGCAAGUUUCUCACCCUUUCAAAACAGCGUCCUGCUCGACGCAUUCGACAAUUAAAAGUGUGCCUCGAAUUGCUUGAUCGCGAUGAGCUAGAGUGGGUGGCGAGCGCUGCUGCAGGACUUGAAGAGUGGUGCCGGGUUGGCAGAUUGGAAUCAAUUACACUGUCGACGGAAUGGGACAAGCCAAGAGGCAUCGAAGAGUUCAAAGAGAUCCUGAGCUUGAGAAAGUACGGGGAAUGUUUGGAUGGUCGACUGUAUCAAGAAUCGAGUACGUGGACACGAAUGGUUAUUAAUACAGGAUGGCCUAGAUUCUCGCAUUGGGGCAAACAGAGAUGGCUGAAAGAGAUGUUGUUAGAUCCAAGUGGUCUCAAUGAGCUGCUCGGGUCAAUACACGGGGCGUUUGGUGGCCAGUUGUACGUGGGUGGAAAGCUAUGCUUCGACAAUCGAGUUCGAGUUGUCGAAGACCUCAAACUGGAUCCACGAAAUGGGGAGAUCAGGAUUGUUCCAAAGUUUCAGUCAACUCAAAAUAAUUCAAACCAUUCUCGGUACUGAUUUCCGGUUGAAACUGUGGUGAUGUGAUGACACUGUCACUGCUCGCCGGAUAUUCUAAUUCCCUGAUCACCUCACUGUCUUCUCUUCCUAGCAUCAGCCAUAGUGAAUUGGCUUCGAUUUCGCUUUGCCAGUCCUACGGUGCAAUCAAUGGUAUCCAUCUACUCUGCAGCAGCACAGCUAUUUGCAUCUUUCUGUGGGUUGGUACGAAGUAGUUCUUGGCCCAAAUCUUGGUAUCUGAAUGUGUUCUUUCAUCC